AUGAACGCCACAAAACCAAAAGAGAUGUUCGUUAAAUCUUGCCAAGUUUUAAACGAUAGGGAAGAGUUGAUCGUUGAUUUUCCUUCGAUGGAAAGCCAGCUUGAGCAUGUGAUAAUGCUCGUCCUGUGCGUCCUGUUUUUCUUUAUCUCCGUGAUUCUCAAUGGCGUUUCCGCAGUAACAAUUUUGACAACUCCCAUACUGAAGGAUAAAAUCUCAUACUUAACCGUCAUGGUUAAAUCAAUCAUCGAUUUCAUUCUCGGGCUAACAAUCCUUCCACAAUAUAUCGUACUGCUAGCCAUGGAAAUCGCAGGAAAUCCAAACUGCGUCGCCUAUCUCUUCGCUAAAAAGUUGGGAGUCCUUUUAUACAUCUAUUCUGUGACAGCAUUGUCGGCGAUGAAUUUCGAAAGAUACAUGGCUACUAUUCAUCCGGUGACUCAUCGCAACAAGUUCAAGAAAGAAAAACUACUGAUGUACCUUCUCUUUGUCAGCCUUUUCGCAACGGUCCUAUUUGGACUUUCCUUCAUCUACGUUAAUAUACUUCCUUUCGUUCUCGCUGCUACAGUACUUCUUCUUAUCGCCUCCACGAUUUAUGUGUACACAAUGAUUUCCAUUUCUCGGGUGCGCUACUGGAUAAAAAGUAGAAAUGCGAUCGGACCACAAAAUAUUGCAGAGACUAAUGAUAGAACGCGACAAUUUUGGAGAUCCAUGAAGUCUUCGAAUGAAUUUAAAGUCGCCAGCUGGUGUCUUCUCAUUGUGGUUUUCACCCUCUCCUGCAUCUUGCCAUCAACUGUUUCGUACACGAAUCGAUUAGGAACACAACCAAGUUACUCUGCAGUCUCAAAAAGGCGACAUUAUUCUCUUCUUAUCCUGUUCAACUCGGCCCUCAACCCAGUCAUAUUCUUUUGGAAAAACAAAACAUUGAGAACGGCGGCAAUAAAAAUGUUAAGAAGACAAAUCGAAAACUAG